AAUAAUAAUAUUAAUACUACUACGCUCAUUGUUUGCUCUUUGCGCUAAUGUGGUCGCGUAACGAGUUUUUUUGUUUUGUUUAUGUGGUGCUGUCCGGGACAAUGCUCAUUAAGUGAAGUGAAUUUUGGAAUUGGAAUCUCUGUAGCCGGUUUACAGUGAUUCCCCACUAAACGAUCGAAUGAUUCCCCUGGUACCCUAAAAUCAUGCUCAAAAGAAGGCGAAUCAAUAAUGUCGUUGACAGUUAAUAUUACCCAGACCCGCAUUUCUCUAUUAAGGCCCGUUUUUGUCGUUGUUGUUGCUCUAUUGUCUGUUUGUACUGGAAUUAAAAAUGAGCGAGCGAACGCGCGCUCGAAGAAAACGUGGCUAGUAUGAAAACAAAUUUAAAUUGCACACGCUACUCAGUUCUUCGACGAAAGCGCACCGAGUUGGUUGUCCGGCUCCAGCUACUGUGUGAUCUAAUAUUUGGAAUACGUGAAUUCACGAAUUGAAAGGAUGUUGGACUCCCAUUGGCCACUGCUCCUGUUGCUGCCUAUAGCAGUUGUCCUGAGUGCUAACACUAUUUCGCCUGAUGCUAGCAUUUCGCCCAUCAUAGGUGUGCUGAGCCAAGAGAUCGCACCGAACGGCUUGCUUGCUCGAAACUUUAAAAACAAGACCAGCUACAUCGCUGCAUCGUACGUCAAGUUUCUGGAAGGUGCUGGCGCCAGAGUAGUGCCAAUUGGGAUUGGUCGAAACCGCAGCUACUAUGAAGAUCUAAUGCAAAAGAUUAAUGGAGUGCUCCUUCCCGGUGGUGCUACCUGGUUUAAUCAGAGCAACGGAUAUUCGGACGCUGGCGAGCAUUUGAUAAAUAUUGCCAUAGAUCUUAAUAAUAAGGGCGUUUUCAUGCCUAUCUGGGGCACUUGUCUGGGCAUGGAACUGUUGGUAUAUAAGCUGGCAAAUGGCACUGAAGCGCGCACGGAUUGCAGCUCUAUAGCACAGCCAUUGCCGUUGGAGUUCAAGGCAGACUUCAAUCAGAGUCGUCUGUUUAACAGCACAAGUGAUUUGAUUAUGGAUCUGUUGAAGAAAGAGAAUGUGACGAUUAAUUCGCACCGAUAUUGCUACACAGAGAAGACCUUUGAAGCGCUUCAAUUAUACAAAACUUGGCGUGUGAUGACACUGAAUCAUGAUUGGGACGGUAUUGAGUUUAUAUCAACCAUUGAACAUGUUCGUUAUCCCUUCUACGCCGUCCAAUUCCACCCCGAGAAACCGCUCUAUGAGUUCAAUGCAAAGGGCAAUAUACCACAUACACAAGCGGCCGUCUCCUGUUCGCAGUUCUUUGCUGAAUUCUUCGUCAAUGAGGCGCGGCGCAAUCCGAACAUAUUCAAAAACCAGACAGAACUAUCGUCCGCCCUCAUUUACAACUACAGUCCAGAGUAUACUUCCCCACUUGGCUCCGCGUUUGUGCAGCAGUAUCUGUUUGAAGAUAUUCCGAUUGAGGAGGGCGGUGAUGAGGAUGAGGAUAACACUCACUAUUUCCCCUACAAUGGCAAUGGCAAUGGUGCUGAUGCUGUAGCGCUGUCUACUAUAACAUACAGCGCGCUAGCUUUUUGCCUGUGGGUUUCGUUGCAUAACUAAUCCAGAGGCUCUACGCACAUAUUGUUUCGGUAUCUAGUUCCUAGCUGUUGUUGCUUUGCACGUGCAGUUGUCAAAACUUGCCGAAAACUCGAGUUUGAACAACAAAUUGAGCUUGAGCUUGAGUUUUCGUUUUUAUGAUUCUUCUAAAUAUUAGCCUCCACUUAUUAUUAUUAUUAUUAACAGUUCGGCUGCAAUGUAAAAUGUACAGGCGAACAAAUAUUUAGCUAUAGCUACGAGGCCUUAAGCUAGCAUUAAAUAACAGUUAAGGAUA